AUGUUCCUUCAACGCGGCUCAAGGCAGUUGCUUCGGCAGCUACCAAAGGGCGUUGUCGCCAUCCCAACCACACCCACGGCAACAACUACGGUGAGCGCCAGGUCGCGGCAACCACCAACACAGCAACGCCAACAACAGAGGCAUUGUCGCACGACGAGGGGCUUUCACUCCACCAGGAGACUCCUAGAUGUUAAACCAGUUCUGUUGGCCGACAUUGGCGAAGGCAUAGUCGAGUGCGAAAUCAUUCAAUGGUUCGUCGAGCCCAGUGCGCGCGUGGAGGAGUUCUCGCCUCUCUGCGAGGUGCAGAGCGACAAGGCAUCGGUGGAAAUUUCGAGCCGCUUCAGCGGUGUGGUCAAGAAGCUUUACUACGAUGCCGGCGAAAUGGCCAAGGUCGGCAAGCCCUUUGUCGACAUUGACAUAACGGGAGACCCGGACGCCGAGCCUCAAAAUAUCUCGGCGGGCGAUCCGACUCCCGCCAAGCCUGCGGAGGAAAAGACUGCGCAAAAUGUUGUCGACACGGCGCCCGAUAUGAUUGGCACUCCGGCUUCCGUCGGGGGCGGCGGCGGGGCUGUGGAGAGGAAAAGGGGCAAGUGUGCUGCGCUUGCGACGCCGGCCGUCAGGCAUCUCAGUAAGGAGUUGAAAGUUGACAUAAACGACAUCGACGGCACGGGAAGGGAUGGACGUGUGCUCAAGGAAGAUAUAUACAAAUUUGUCCAGGCAAAACAGUCAGGCAGUGGCGCUGCAACCACAACCCCUGCAGCGCCAGCAUCACAGGCGGCGAGCAAAGUGCCGCCGACACCGGCACCUCUACCUUCACAGCCCGGUACGCCGCAGACCGAGGAGGUCAUGCAGCUGUCCCACACCCAGCAGAUGAUGUUUAAGACCAUGACGCGCUCGCUCACCAUUCCACAUUUUCUAUACGCCGACGAAAUCGACUUCACCAGCCUCGUUGAGCUCCGCACUCGGCUUAACAGGGUCCUCGCCGCAGGUGGCACCGGCGGACCCGGCACUGCCGAGAUUUCGAAACUCUCUUAUCUCCCAUUCAUCAUCAAAGCCGUGUCCCUCGCGCUUUACCAAUACCCCAUUCUUAACGCGCGUGUCGACAUCCCCUCGGACGGCGGCAAGCCCUCUCUAGCGAUGCGCAAGCAGCACAAUAUCGGCGUGGCCAUGGACACACCCUCGGGCCUGCUGGUUCCCGUGGUCAAGAACGUCAAUGAGCGCAACGUCCUCUCCAUCGCGGCUGAGCUUGUUCGUCUGCAGUCUCUUGCAACGUCUGGCAAGCUUAGCCCAGCCGACAUGUCGGGAGGCACCAUGACGGUGUCCAACAUUGGCAGUAUCGGCGGCACCUACCUCAGUCCCGUCGUUGUCGAACGCGAGUUGGCCAUUUUGGGCGUCGGCCGCAUGCGCACCGUGCCGGCUUUUGGCGAGAACGACAAGGUGGUCAAGAAGCACGUCUGCAACUUUAGCUGGUGCGCAGACCACCGCGUGGUUGAUGGUGCCACCUUGGCCCGGGCGGCCAACAUGGUGAGGCAGGUUGUGGAGGAGCCGGACGUGAUGGUCAUGCAUUUGAGAUGA